GAUUUGCAUGCAAAUUUAGAGAAGAACUCUGACCAGCUGAAAUCCUUUUCAGCUAUAGCUGAUCAGCUCAGGCAGGUGUGUGAGCCUACUGUUCAGUAUGACAUACAAAGAACUGUGUCAGACAUUCAGACAAAAUGGAUGCAGCUCAGUUCAGAUUUAAAGCAGAGGUGCAAUGAAUAUGAGACCUACCUUGAUGAGUGGCAACUGUUUGAGAACCAGUACAGCACAAUACAAGGCUGGCUGGAUAAUAAAGUUAUGUCUAUAGAUCUGAGCAGCACUGACACUGUGAGCUCAGAGACACUCACAAAACUUCAGCAAGAGCUGGGCAGUUUUCAGACUCUGGUUUCAGAUCUAAGCAGACAGAAUGAGAUGCUAACAAAACGUAUGAAUCCAUCUACUGUGUCUAUUAUGAAAUCACGUCAGUUUACCAUUGAUCAGAAGAUGCUGGCCCUGAAGCAGAAACUAUCUCAGCUGUCAGUCACUGUGUCCAGGGAUCUAUGCAUGCAUGAAAAGUUCAAAGAGAAAUUUGAGGUCGUCGAGAAGUUUUUGAGCUAUGCUGAAAUUAUCCUAGGCUAUGAUGAUCCAGAGAAAGCUGCUGCUGAGCAGGAAGCUAUUGGGUUGAGAUUUGAGCAGCUCAAAAAUCUCUUGCUGCUGUUCAGUGACAAUCAUAAACAGUUAGAUGAAGUUAAUGACCUAGGGUAUCAAUUGGCUUUGAGUAAAACUGAUGCAACAAAACUAAGAGAACUUAAUCACAAAUGGUAUAAAUUGUAUGAAGACACUAAGGAUAAGUCCAGGACACUCCAGGGUAAUCUGCUUCAACAGCAAAACUUUGCCUCCAAAUGUGAAACCUGGGAGAAUUUCUUGAGUCAGUCAGAACAAAAGCUAACAGAAAAAUUAAAGAGAAAUCUAAAUGACCUGUCUGAUCAACUGUGCAGUAUACAGCAAUUUGAAAAUGAGUUGUACAGUCAACAGCAAAUCAUACAUGCCAUUCUUAGCGAUGGUCAAAAGAUGAUUAGUGCAGGAGAAGUGGAGGACAAGGAUGACUUUCAAAGAAAACUCAGCUUACUCUUUGAGCAGUGGCAUCAUGUUUCCAGAAAAGCCAGCCAGAGAAAGGCUGAAAUUGAGGAAAUUAUGAACAGAUGGUGUGAAUUUAAUACUCGUAGCCAGCAGCUGAAGUGCUGGUUCAAUGACACAGAGAAGUAUUUAGAGACAUCACCAUCUGAUUCCAACUCAUUACAGGCCAUCAAGAAUUCAAUGGAAAAAGUUCAGACGGUGAAGCAUGAACUCCAGAAGCAAGAAGUUACAUACAAUAAAAUUCUGGAUUUGGGAGAGAACCUGCUUCAGCAUGCUGAUGACAGAGCUGCUAAGCAAAUUGAGGCAACAUUGUCAGACAUUCAGCAGAGCAGGCACAGUGUGCUGACUGCUCUAGAGAAACGCAGACUUCAGCUUGAAGUCAUUGAUCAGCAAUGGUUACACUCUGAAACUGAAAUUGAUGACAUGUUGUGUCAACUGACAGAGAUCCGCAGAAUUUUGAAUGCUGAUAUCCCCACAACAUAUGACGGGCUCCAGCUGGAGAUAAACAGAUGCCAGGAUAUUGAGAAAGCAUUCAUUGAACUGGAAAAUAAGGAACAGAGUUUGCUGACUAAGAAGAAGUAUCUAGACAGUAUUAUACAAGAAGAGGACAUGAAUCUUCUUCAGCAGAGAAUACAGUUGUUGACCAAGCAGAAAGAGGAACUACAGCACCAGACGCAAGUCAGAGAAGAAAAGAUAACAGAUACUCUCUACAGAUGGACAGAUUUGAAUAAACAUUUGAAGUCAUUGAUGGACUGGAUUGAAGAGAUGACAGUCAAAAUAUCAAAUAAAGACAUAUCUAUUGAAGACUUGUUGGCCAGACUGGAAACUGAGUAUAAACAAGAAGCAGAAAACAAAGAAGUUCAGAAAGCAAUUAUUCAUGAACAAGGAAGGCAGCUUAUGAAAGUCUGUGAUGAUAUUAAGGCCUCUGAAAUUGAACAGAAACUCCUUCGGCUGGAAGACAAAUGGCAACACCUAAAGAGAGUUAUGGAUACCAGAUAUCGCAAACUGAGACAAACAACACAAGACUUAAAACAGCUCGACAUCAGCAUGAGUAAACUUAGUCAGUGGUUGUCAGCCGUGGAGAAUGUGCUGAGUGAGGACAUUAUUUUCAACAGCAAUGAUCUCAGAGAAAUGGAAGCAAAACUUCAAGACAGUAUGGAAUUGCAACAAGAUAUUGAAAGCCAUGCUGAAAGUGUAUCUGCUCUGUUGAACUUGUGUAGAGCAUUACUGAAUGAUUCGGAUGCAUGUCCAACAGAAACUGAGUUGUUGGCACUUGAACAUUCCAUGAAAAAUUUAGAGAAACGCUGGCAAACAAUAUGCCUGGUCUCACCACAGAGAAAGACAAGAGUUAAAGAAACCUGGCAGCUGUGGGAAAAGUUUAGAGAGGAUUGUGACAAAUUCUCUCAGUGGAUAUCUCAGGUGGAACAGGAAGUUGGAGACUUUGAGAUUGAAGUCACCACUGUGAAGGCAGCAAAGGAGUACAUUCACAAAUAUGAGGAUCUCCAAUGUGAUAUUCAUGACCACUUGAGUGAUCUUGAACAUAUAAACCGCAUCUACUGCCAGCUGGUCAAAGGUUGCACGGACUCAGAUGAUGCCCGGAAGUACAGGAUGACAGAGCUAAAUGAGAGAUGGGAUGCUCUUCAACAUAAAGUAACUGAGAUUAUGAAGAAACUCUGUAGUUCAUCAAUCAUAAAAGAGGAUUUUGAGGCAACACUGACCUCCCUUUUAAAAUGGUUAACUGAAUUCAGUGAGCAGCUCACAAGAUUACAGAAUACCCCUGCAUUUGACCUGGAGGAUAGAAUUGCUCUUAUCCGACGUCUUGAUGCAGAAAUUCAAAAUAAGCUGUUACGCAUCACCUAUCUAGACCAGGCCGGUGUACAUUUAAUGCAAAAGGCAGAUAGUCAGGAAGCACUGAGGGUUCAGAGGGAAUUGAAUACAUUCAAAUCAUUGUACAAGACAGUACAGGCGCGCUUUGCCACAGUGAAGCUGCAGGUUGGACACAUGUCAGUUACAGAGGCUGAAGAUAAAUCAGUAAUAUGUAGCAGUGAAGACAGACAUCAACGAUUAGAUGCUGAUCAUACAAGAGAACAACAUAAUAUUCCAGGAAGGGAUGCAAUCCAAAAGUAUAUUGCAGAGCUGGAACAAUACCUAGAGAAAUCUCCACCAGAGUCACCUCCACUUGGGCAGCGGACACAUGUUUACAGUAGCAGGGCAUCAGUGUCUCCAUCAAGGGAGACAUCAUUUACAGCCUCUAGGUUUGAAUCACUAGGUCGGAGAUCACAGUCACCUUCUCAACUCCGGUCAAGGUCACCCACUUCGAAAUCAGUAGCAAUAACCAGAUCUUCUUCUACACACAGAAGAUUGUCUCCAGGUCAAAGGUCACCAUCACGAUCAGCUGUUGAUAUCACAGGUCAAACAAAGAUCAGAGUUCUGAUGGAGCAGCUAGCAGACACCCUUGAUGACUGUAAUGUUAAACUGACCACACUGAAACGGACACUGGGUCAUUUUGAAGGCACCGAACAAAGUAUACAUAUUUUAGCAGAAUGUGAAUCGGCUGUUGAACAUGUGAAGGCACUUGACCGACUUCUGAAAACUGAAACUGGCCUUACAAUUGACAGUAUUGAUGAACAAGUGAGAUCUGUUGUCCAGCGUUGGGAAAGCCUUCAGAUGUAUGUUAAGGAUUUAAGAUUCUCUCAAGAAAGCUAUAACCUUGCACAAUUUGAAAGGGAUAUUGAAUGUAUGUUGUCCUGGUUAAAUGAAGCAGAAGCUCUAAAGUCAAGAAGUCAACAAGAAGAUAUUGCCAGAAAAUACAAAGAAUUCUUAUCUCAAGUGGAAUCAAAGAGAGCAGAUAUGCUGUCCAUAAAUCUGCAUAGUGUCAAUCAAAAGUACCUGAGAACUGAUUUAUCUAGGAAAAGACAUUUGGAAGCAAAGUUAAUGGAUAUGAACAGGAGGUGGAAGCUUAUUCUAGCUCAGGCUGCCAAAGUACAGUCAUCCUGGACUCAGCAUGAAGAAUUCCUUACCAGAAUAGAUAAUUACUAUCUAUGGCUAGAGAACAUUGAAACUCAAGUGAGUCAUUGUGAGCCAGUUAACUCCAGUGUAGAUCAGUCUGUUCUACAGAGGAAGUAUGCCAAGCUACAGGAACUGUACCUUGACGUUAUUAGAAAUCAGGAAACAAUACUGUCAUUAAAAGAAACUGCUGACCAACUACUGAAAAACACAGAAUUGCCAGAAUUGUCCACAGCCCGUGAUAAAAUUUACAUUGUGCAAAAGCGUGUGCAGACAUUAACACACUUGAUUUCUUCUUAUAUCACUGCAUUAAAAACCCGACUGAAGACAGCAGCAAAAAUGGAAACUCGGCAUGACAGUUUUGACACAAAUGAAGGAAAGUCUUCAGGUGUUGGAAGUUGUUUUGCAUCCAGAUCAUCCACUCCACUACAGCCUCAAUCACUGACCCUAAGAGCAGGAAACCAGUCACCAUUUGCAGCACCACGCCUGCGGUUACCAUCUCUACCUUCAAGAGCAGAGGAUAUAGAGAAAUUGAGUACAGAACAUAAGCCUGAGAAGGUUGAUGUACAGCACACCACAAAAACAGUGGGCCCAUCACUGCUAACACGUGUCUUUAGGGCAGCACUGCCCAUUCAGCUACUACUCCUGUUGCUGUGGCUGCUUUUCUGGCUAAUGCCAGUAUGUGAAGAUGAAAAUGGAUGCAUGCAGAUCAAUAAUUUACAAUACUCUAUGGUCCCAAUGUUACGGUAUACAGAUGGAGCGCCACCAAUGUGA